AUGGUGAAGGAAGGCACCACCGACGGCGCCUGGCACGGGCACGGCCGUGAGGUGACCAUCACGGCCGUCUCGACGGUGGCGCCGGCGCUGCCGGUGCAUGAGCACCGACUGCCGCUGUCGAACCUGGACCUCCUGCUGCCGCCCAUGGACGUCAGCGUCUUCUUCUGCUACGCCGCGGACCCAGGUGACCGCAACCACCACCCGGCCGCGGUCCUCAAGGUGGCGCUGGCAAAGACGCUGGUGGCGUACUACCCGCUGGCCGGGGAGGUGGUGGCCAACGCGGCGGGGGAGCCGGAGCUGCUGUGCAGCAGCCGUGGGGUGGACGUCGCGGAGGCGACCGCCGACGGCACCGUGCUGCAGGACCUGCGCCUGGGCCUGCCGGACGAGAGCAUCGAGCCGCUCGUGCCCAAGAAGAAGGCCAAGCGUCAUGUCCGUGCAGGUUCGAUCCAUUCAUAUAUAUCCUUUCAACUUUGA